AAUUUGCAGAACAAUUGAGUAAUGAUUUGGAAAUAUCCAAUAAUACGUUCGGUCUUCGGGAAGAACUACAAAAUAAUCUAGAAUUUAAAAAUGAGUUUCUAGAAUUUUGUUUGAACCCUAAUUCUAAU